AUGCUGUUCGUCGCCAUUUCAACGUACUCCGUCGAAGGUAUGAAGCGGAGAGUCUGCCCAGAACUCAAGUGGCUUGUCUUGCUCCCUAGCUCGACACACUUCGACAUUUUUUAUUCUAUUGGCGGAGGGUUCAAACUCUUGGAAUACUUCCUCGCCCAUCCGACUCUUGAGGCAGUUGUUUCCUCGUACGAUUUUGGCCAUUGGGGUCUUUCCGGCCCUCUCAGUAGUGGAACAUCUCUUUCCAUGACGCAACUCAUCCUUCGGCCCACGGGCAUGAAUGCCAUUACUCUCAGCAGGGCCCUGAGUCGAUUCCCGAAGCUCACGCAUCUCUUUGUCGAAUUCGAUUCUCUGAGUUCCAAUGGCGGCUUGGUAAUAAGGGACCAGUUGGGUCACACGAUCACGGAAUGUUGUCCCUGCGUCGAGCAUUUGAGCCUAAGGUUUCCUAAGCAGGUGAUAAACAAGUUCUUUGGCCAGAACCCUACUCUAGAGAUUCACUCUCUGAUAAGCAGCACGUGGAACCUGUCCGGCCUGGAAGUAUUCCGCAGCAGAAUUGCGAUGUACUACUCGCUCCUUGAGGGACUGGAUGAACGCGCUGCGUUGCUCAGAGACUGGGUGCCCCGGCAAGCGAGGUUGCUUCUCUUAGAUACCACAGACACCGGAGAGGACAUGACAGGCGCACCUUACUUUGAAGGUGUGAAAUCUCUUGUCCUCUCUCUCUGCCGGGCACGUCAUGUGGGACAGCUUCGCUUCGGAACCGUGGCCGUCAGUGUCCACGUUGGAGGUAACAUUGACUGGCAUGAAGUCGUUCAAGAGGCCAGGAAGUAUGGAGCCGGAACUGACUUCCGACUAAUGGUUGUCUUCUUUCCUGCGAUGCGUCAGGCUUUCUGGGCGUCCAAUUGGAAAGAAAUUUGGAGAGAAGAGAUUGAUAUUCCUGCUCGACUGUCAAACCAAGGCCAGCAAGAGCGUGCAAUCGUUGAUUCGGGAUGA